GCUCUCUCGAGGCCGUUGGAGUUGCUGAGUGUAUCGCUUUUGAUAACGUUCGUUGAAGUUUGCCCCAGCCGUCCGCGCCGAUCCCUUGUCCCUUCGUCGAGCGAGUGAGGGAGCCCAUGGCGGACCGUGACGAGUACGCGGGAGGUGCCACUGGCACCAUAGACGCGGGGAUGGCCACUCGGCAUGGUGAGAGGGGAUGACUGCACUGGACGUCCGUGAUGCUCGUCCAUCGGUUUGCAAUGGGAUGCGUUUGCGCUUGCGUAUGCGUUAUCAGGUGGUGGUAUGAUGAGUUCGGAUGCAGAGCUGGUCGGCAGCCACCUGUCAGAGUAUGCCACGACGACGAAUGAGGCACUGCACCAUCCCAUUCCACCGGUCUGUGUGCCUUUCGUUCUUCAGUGCCAGGGCCCACAAGGCCGAUGGCAACAACCUGAUGGCCAAGAAGGCCCCCAAGGCGGCGCUGACGGAGUACAAGAAGGCCAUGGAGGCCCUCGAGGCGAUCAAGUCCGUCGACAUGGGGUCGUGGAUGGCCCACACCGACGAGGUGCAGCAGCUCACCAUGAGCGUGUGGAGCAACUCGGCCCUGGCCGCCCUCAAGGCCGACCUGCUGGACGAGGUCCUCACCUACGCCGACCUGCUGCUGGCCCACGAUGAUACCCACCCGAAGGUGACCGCAGCACAACAAAGAGAUGAACUCGUGCAUUCAUUCAUCUGUGUGUGUGUGAAUGUGUCUGCAGGCGUUGUUGCGUCGCGCCUGCGCCCGUCGGCUGUCUGGCGACUUCGAUGGCGCCGUGGCCGACCUGCGCAAGCUGAAGGCGUCACACGAGAACUACGGCAAGGAGGCCGAUGACGAGAUGGCCCUCCUCGCCCAACACAUCCAGCAGCACAAGGCCAAGGAGCACCAGGUGAGCAGACGCUGAUCUGGACGUGACGCGUGUGUCGUGUGUGUAUGUGUGUGAAUGUGUCUGUGUAUGUGUUGGCUCCAACAGCUCUAUGGUGGCAUGUUUGAGAAGAUGUCGUUGUACGAGAGUCCCAACGACAGGGAGGGGGAGGGGUCUGAGGAGAAGGAUUGGGUGAUAAUGGAACAAGAUAAGAGCCUCAUCGACCUGGGGAUGGGGUAUGCCUUCCGCCCCGCCAAGGCGUCCAAAGGCACAGAACACACCAUCGGUCAGUGACACUAGCCAACAGAAAAACCUUCUCACUCUGCAGAUCCGUUCCCUCUCCUCUCUCUCUUGUGUGUGCAGAGCUGCCACCCGUGAGUUUCGACGACCAGCCAUCGGACAACCCGGCGACGCGCAACGGUGCGGGCGUCUUCACCGUCGGCUCGGCCACCGUCACCGCCACCGAGGGACGCACCAAGCGGGCCUCCCGCCGUCUGUCGGCUCGCCCGCUGCACUACACGAGCAUCAAGAAGACGCCCAACAACCUGCCCACCGUCUCGAAAGGUGUGUGGCCUUCUAUGUCGACACACACGAGAUGGAAGUGCGGGACGAUGCGGCAUGUGUAUGUGUGUGUGCAGAGAGUUUGUUCGUGUUUGGCGAGGACCAGCGUCUGCCGAAGGAGGCCACCGAGACGGACAACAACCUGCCCACCGCUGCCAGUGGUGAGUGGCCUCCUAUGUCGACUUGUGACACCAAUAUAUUGUGACACCCACAGCACGAGAUAGGAGCGUGAGACCAUGCGGCAUGUGUGUGUUUCUGUGUGUGUGUCUGUGUGUGUGCAGAGGGUGUGUCGGCGUUUGGCGAGAGCAAGCAUCUGUUGAAGGAGGCCACCGAGACGGGCAGCCAGCCGACGACCGAGGACGGCACGCAGGGAGGGACCCAGGAGCCGACGGUGGGUUUCUGGGGCCAGGUGUGGUCGUUCCUGUUCCCGGAGGGCAUGUGCUGCGGCUGGUGCCGGGAGGGCCACACACACAACUAAACCAACACACACUCACACAUAGCAAACACCCGACAGACAGACUGAUAGGGGGGGUGGGAUGCAUUCUCUCUGACGGCCUGGCUGUAAGGCUGGGCGUGAGGGAACCAGAGGGAUACGGCUGCUAUGGGUGUUUGGUCUGCCUGCCAAUGGUGUAAUGGUGUUUUUUUUCCAACAUCAGCGAACCGUUACGCUGUGAUGUCUCUGUCAGCCCCACCCCCACCACCAGACUGACGCGCGUGCCUCUUUUUCGCUGUGGCUCGAUUUAUUGCACUCUUUGUCUGUGAUUUGUCGUCGUUUGGCUGCCCUGCGUGUGCUGAUUGUAAUAUGUGUAUGUGUGUAGUGUGAAUGGGUCUGUUACUUGGUCUGUCUGCCCCGCCAAUUUGUGAAUGCGUCGUGUGGCUGGUUCCGCUCACUUGUCGUCUGGCCGGGUGCCGAGUGACUGACUGUACGGUAUCUUUUCUCCCAUCCACCACUCAUCCCUACCCUCUGCUCCCAGCACACACGAGGGCUGGCUGGGCUGGAUCACACACACACACACACACGUUAGGACAACACACAGGGGGGCAGGUGUAGGCGUCCGCAUGGUGCUGUAUGCCGCAACAGACAAACAGACAGACAGACAGACGGACGGACCGACGGACAAAAACUUUGGCUGGUUGGUUGGUCGGAUGGGUGCCGCGUGUGGUGUCUGUCGUGGGCUUCAUAAUGUUGUCGUCGAUCGGUCGGUUCUCCAUCUUUUGUUUGUCAUGUGUUGGGCAUUUCAUGUGUUGGGCAUCGGGGGCACUCCGUGUGUCGGUCGACUGUGCUUAUGGGCGUUUGCGCGAAGUCACGGAAUGGUCGGGGUGUGAGCUGUCGUCCGUCAUCCUUUUGGAAGAUGUAUGUGCGUGGCAGAGGUGGAUGGGUGUAUGGCUGUCGUCGUUUGUCGGUCGGUCUUUUUUGUCACCGCAGCGCAUGCCCUCGAGUCAGUCAGUCCACUGCUGCUCUGACCUCGCAGUCUCCAGGAGUAGCGGGGGAUCGAUGGGCAGCGGUGGACCGGUCGGGCGGGGGCAAUGCAAAACGUGUCGUUGUCGUUUGUUGGUAUGUACCCCCACACCGCCUUACUAGAGUCAGUCAGCCGAUUGCUGCUUUUUUCCUUCCUCUGGCCGCGCCCAUGGCGAGCUGAGGACAGGGGCAGUAAUGGAGACCAAUACACGGGGUUGGUCGAUGGGACGGAUGGAGGGAUGGGUGGGGUGCCGCGUAUGGUGUCGUGGGGGUCUUUUUGUCGUCGUCGAUUGAUCGUUUCCUUUCUCAGUCUUUUUCGUCCAUCGGUUGGGGGGUCAGGGGAACUCGAUGUGCCGGUUUUUCUUCUGCCAUUUUGUGGACUCUGUGUGGGUGGGGGGCACUUGACGGCUGAUUGGCUUCUUAGUCUUGACUCGUCUUCUUUUUGCGGAAUGUGUGAAGUGCCAUCAUGCCUUAAGUUGUCGGUCGACUCACGGAUGGACGUCUUACUUUUUUGUCAUCGUUGGGGUGUUUUCUUUGCCGCUGUUUCUUUUGACCCGUCCUCUUUCCUUCCGGUGUGUGCCUGUGUGUGCCACUAGUGUUGGUCGUCUUUCCCAUGUGCGUGUGGUGCCUGGCCGGUUUCUUUGUGAGGGAUCGGGGGAGUGAGGCGUGAGUGUGUGUGCACAGGCAGGAAACGAACGGGCAUACUGCUGUCGACGUCUGUCCCACCGUGCAGGUAGGCAGGCAUAGCAGAAUGCCCGUUGGGUGUGAGGGGGUGGGAGAGAGAGAUGCAUACUGCAGACAGACAUUGGCGUGCACGUCCGUGAUGGUCUGAUGGAUGGAUGCAGAAUGCAUGGAGGAAGGAAGCGAAGCAAGGUGACACAAAACCCCCGAUCUCUCACUCACCCUCUCUACCCAUGUGAGUACCACUUGGCCCUGCCGGCCGCUGCACUCACUGCCCUCACACCUCUCAGUCCCUCUCCUUUGCUUUCGUCUGGUUGGUCGCCUGCUGGUUGAGGGUUCGUUUGGCGUUUUGUCGUCCGUCCAUCGAUUCGUUUUUCGGCGUGUGUGUGUUGGAAGAACUAUGGGGUGGGGUGGGAUGUGUGAGUGUGCGGAACGGAUGGAUGGCUCUCGUGUGUACCCCUCUUCUUUUACUUUGUCUGUCGACUCCGGGUGUGGUCUUUUCUUCGUCUUGCUUUUGCGGCGUGUUUGUAUGUGUGUGUCUGUGUGUCUCGUUCGUCUUUUCUUCUUUUGGCCGACCGACCGACCGACCGACCAGGCAGCUCAGCCGUCUCUCUGCCUGCCUCUCCUCUCGUGUGUUGUGUGUGCCUGACUGGGUGUCGGUGUGGUGUAAGGGUGCCCCUUGUGUGUAUGUGUGUUUGUGUGGGUGGCAUGCGAAGCACCCACCUACACCACAAACACAGAGAGAUGAUAGAAUUAAGGGGGCGGUG